AUGUACCGGGAAGGAUACCUCAUUAAAUGCGGACGCAACGCCUACGAAGCUCCCCAAUUAUUGUUUUGCGUCUUUGAAGACGGUGUGGUCAAGUUCUACUUGGACAAAGGCGGACUCGAAGUCGGGGGGCUCGAAAUGGCGGGCCACGUGACCAAAGUGCGCGUGGAGAAGGCCGUGCCGGGCAAGUUCCCCUACCGCUUCUCCGUGUCGGCUGCCCAAGUCGUGCGGGUCGAAGGCCGUCGCAUGAAACUCGGCGAGUCGCGCGUGACGGAAUUCGCUGCUGCGACGAACGACCUCAUGAAAGAAUGGGCCAACUCGCUGCACCUGUGGCGCCGCAUGAACUGGAAAGAGAACGUCAAGUUCUUUGACGACGCGAGCGAACUGUCGCAGGCGCAAGAGCUCGAGUCGCUGCAGGUGCAGCUGCACGCUGUCAAAAUGGCACGGGGUCGCACGCUCUCGGGCUGUGCGUUCCGAAGACCGUUUGACCAGAUCAUGCACGGGCAGUCGUCACCUACGAUCAAGAAGCUGCGUCAGCUGAUGCGACACACGUCCACAGGCACUGCCACCGCAACGACAUCGUGCACGGAUCCAACGUGUUGA